AUGCUCACUCGCGGUGCUGAGCCUUCGACGUUGAAAAGGUUGCUCGACGAGAGAAAAAAAAAGGCGAGGGCGUUAAUUAUUGUUGGUUGGUUAACUAUUUCUCUCCAGGUCCAAUGGAUCUUAUUGCCAUCACAUGACCAUGCACGACGUCAUCUGGGAAAACUAGCAGAAGCAAAGCAAGAAAGGAGGCAGCAGCAGCAACAGCAGAAGAAGAAGAAGAAGAAGAAAAGAGAGGAAUAUUAA